UGAUGCUCGAAAUAGCUGCUUAUAUAAGAGUGCUGGUGCAUCCCAGCUAUCAGAACGCGGAUGUUUGCUUGCUUAACCAUUCGAAAAGUGCAGAACAGGAUAAAAUAAUUGCGUAGUUAUCAUUUUCAUUGGAUAAGAAUGAUUUGGUUACAUCCAUGCGUUGUUGUGGUGUCGUUGAUGCUGGCAACCUGUGAGGCAGACAGGUUGGGUCGAUUGGAGCGUCAAAUGACACUGAUGAAAGCCUUUCAGUCCUACGUUGAAGUGAGAUUGGACACAAUUGAAGGAGACUUUGGUGCAUUAACCGAAAGAGUGUCAACUCUUGAAUCAAUAGUUAAAACCUCCGAAAACGAUACUGGAGGGACUGACAAUUCAAAGAAUGGGCAAACGAAAGGAACAAUAAAUACACAAUCUGAUUUGAACGAUAUCAAAACUUCUCUCCAAAUGUAUAAGCAUUCGUUUCAAAAACAUAAAAAGGAAAUAAUCAAUGUUAAAUAUGAUGUCAAAGACUCAUUUUCGGUAUUUCUGUCGAAUGCAUCCAAAACUGUUGACACAUUAGUCAAAACUGUCAGAGACCAUGUAAGAAACAGCGCAGAUAAUAUAUCAGCUUCUUUGGAAAAGAACGUCUAUGCAAUACGGGCACAUGUCCAAAACGAAACGAUUCAGCUAGAAAAGAAGGUUGAAGAGCUAAUAGGCAGAGCAAAUGAAGUUGUUGGCAUCAUUGAUGAGCAGAGAUCUACAAUAGAAGACGGUAUAAUGGUCACCAUCAGGGGGCUUCACAUUUCCUGGAGUGACUGGUCUGCAUGGUCCGACUGUUCUCAGUCAUGUGACAGGGGCAGGAAAAGUAGACACAGGUCAUGUAAUGUACCUCCACUUUUUACUGAUGGCAUUUGUACUGGUGAUGAUACAGAAACAGAGGAAUGCGUCAUUCACGAGUUUUGUCCAUAUUUGAGUGAAUGGUCACCAUGGUCCCGAUGUUCCCGAACAUGUAACAAUGGAACAACGACGAGAGACAGAACAUGCCAUGCUCCAGCUUCGAUCACCGCUACAUGCCAAGGAAAUAUAACUGAAAAUCAGACAUGCCUGACGUCAGUCGAAUGUCCAGUGGAUGGCCAAUGGGAUAUAUGGUCGACAUGGAGCACCUGUUCUUUGCCCUGUGGUGACGGCGUGGAGACCAGAAACCGAUCUUGCUCCGAUCCAAGUCCAUCUCAUGGCGGAAAACCGUGCCCGGGACCUGACGUUGAAACACAACCAUGCAACUUGCAGCAGUGUAUCGUUCCAUAUGACUGCAGCGAUGUGUUAAAACGAGGCUUGCCACGUGGUUCGGGUGUGUACAAAAUCACGCCCUGGAAUACGCACAAGGAAGUGGAGGUUUACUGCGAUAUGGAUACCGAUGGUGGUGGGUGGACGGUGUUUCAAAGACGAUUUGACGGGUCUGUUGAUUUCGAUAGGAGCUUUGUGGCGUACGAGCAGGGUUUUGGCUCACUGGAUGGUGAAUUGUGGAUUGGUCUGGAUCUUCUUCACUCCAUUACAAGCCGGGCUAACAUGACCUUACGUAUUGACGUGAGUUUACCAAACGGAACUACUGGAUUCGACGAGUACUCGGGGUUUUAUAUUUCUCCACCAGACCAAUACAUCCUCAACGUUGAUAGGAGGAUCAACUCAGCAGGAAUGUCCGGUUCCUAUCUUCUCUCCGACAUCGGUUAUCGCAUGGCUAUCAACCACCAGCCGUUUUCAACAUACGAUAGAGACGUGGACAGCGUGUCUAUUAACUGUGCCCGAUACUAUGGAGCAGGCUGGUGGUACAAUAACUGCGCGAACAGUUACCUGAAUGGACAGUACAAUAUUGGCAGCUUUCGCAGCUUUGAUUACUAUUCCUUCCAACAGUACACAUGGUUGAAGACGUCGACUAUGAUGCUACGAUUGAGUAAUUAAGAUUUAACCGCAGCAUUUAAUGCAUUUAAUUAUGGUUAGUUCAUUUAAACAGUGUUGUGGAAUUAUGAACUUGAUGCUAUGUUUAAACACAAUCAACUAUUUUAAGCAUUUAAGGUAAACAUUCCGGCCUUUUCCUAAAGCUAUGAAAUGUGCAAUUUGAUUUCUAACUCAAACAUGUUCGUGUUUUGUGAAGUUAGUGAUAGUUCAAAUCAUUUACAUAACUCUUUCAUAGACAGCAAAAGGCAACACGCGGAUAAAUUAUUUGAAUUAUUUUGCCCAAUAUCUCGAGGUGGAGAAAAUUUGCAUCGUUUUUAUUAUUAUUUUGGUAGACUUGUUUUAGUUAUCAUUUAUCACAGUUCAUCGGCAGAAUGUUUUUAGGAUAUAGACAAUCUCGCUUUAUUCAAUACGAAAUAGUAAAGUAAUUUUAUAAAAUAUCGUAUUGUAUGACCAGGAAGUGAGAUUCAAGUUACAGAAUUAAUACUUAUUUGCCAGUUUACAGCGCCAAAAACACAGCCAUUUUUAACGAUAUAAAUUUAUUACGUUUCGUCAUUCGCUUUGGAUAUUUAUUACACUAUUUGAUAUCAAAAGUAUAAUAUGAGUCUUUUUAAGGAAUGAAUUGCGGGAUUAAUGUCAUUAUCGGGGUAUAAACGCAGUUCGGCUGAUUAAAGUAUGUGGAGACCGAACAUGACAUCUUUUCACGCAAUUCAUCACUUAUAUUAACACCAAUAGUUCAUUAUUUCUGUCAAGAACUGUUAAGAAAUACUUCUUAUUUAAAAAAAGUGAUUAUUGCUCACCUAUUAAGUUAAUUGACCGACUCGACCGCAACCGAACACAGUUUAUCAUAUUACGUAACAAUAGCUUCCAAAAUAUAUUUUUAACGUCAAAAUUAAAACGCUUAUGACAACAAUGCAUAAAACAUUUAAUAAAUUACAAAUGUAACACUUUCUUACAUGUUGAUUUAAAUUAUUUUGUGGCCUGGUGGCCCAUUAAUAACAAUAACAAGAUAAACACUUCCUGACAUGUUGAUUUAAAUUGUUUUGUGGCCUGAUGGCUCAUUAAUAACAAUAACAAGAUAAACACUUUUAAAUAUACAUAUAUAUUGAAACUCGAUGAUUCGCAAGCGGUUGCAUACAUCGAAAAAAUGUCCUUGCCGAAAGGCAGUUUAUUUAAAGAAUGGAAGUUAGAGUGAAGAUAUUCCAUAAUGAUGACGUCACUUAUUAUUUAAGAAAUAUUGGACACCACCGAGGGCCAUAUGGCAUUAUAAGGACCGGCCAGUCAGCCCCCGAAGGUGUAUAUGGAACGAGGCGUUAGCCGAUGUCCAUUCACUUUCGGGGGCUGACUACCCGGUCCUUAAAAUGCCAUAUGGCCCGAUGGGGUGUUAUAUUUCUUAUAUUAACACUUUUUUACAAUUUAUUAAUUUAAAGCGCCUUUGAUGUGUUCUAUUGAACAAAUAUAAUAAAGUUUACUUGUGAAAACAAAUGUCAUUGUAUAUUCACUGGAUACAAUUUUGUUUCAAGAUAUCCCUCUAAUGAACGUGAAGUGUACAUAUUAUUAUUAUCAUGUUGUAAUUUGUAUGGUAAUGUUUCUUUAACUAGCGUGAAGUGUACAUAUUAUUAUUAUUAUCAUGUUGUAAUUUGUAUGGUAAUGUUCCUUUAACUAGCGUGAAUUGUACAACAUGUUAUUGUCAUGUUGUUAUUUGAAUGGUAAUGUAACUUUUUACUAGCGUGAAGUGUACACAUUAUUAUUAUCAUGUUGUAAUUUGAAUUGCAAUGUUCCUUUAACUAGCGUGAAGUGUACAUAUUAUUAUUAUCAUGUUGUAAUUUGAAUGGUAAUGUUCCUUUAUCUAGCAUGAAGUGUAUAUAUUAUUAUUAUCAUGUUGUAAUUUGUGUGGUAAUGUUCCUUUAACUAGCGUGAAGAGUACAUAUUAUUAUUAUCAUGUUGUAAUUUGAAUGGUAAUGUUUCUUUAACUAGCAUGAAGUGUACAUAUUAUUAUUAUUAUGUUGUAAUUUGAAUGGUAAUGUUCUUUAACUAGCGUGAAGUGUACAUAUUAUUAUUAUCAUGUUGUAAUUUGAAUGGUAAUGUUCCUUUAACUAGCGUGAAGUGUACACAUUAUUAUUAUCAUGUUGUAAUUUGAAUGGUAAUGUAACUUUUUACUAGCGUGAAGUGUACACAUUAUUAUUAUCAUGUUGUAAUUUGAAUUGCAAUGUUCCUUUAACUAGCGUGAAGUGUACAUAUUAUUAUUAUCAUGUUGUAAUUUGAAUGGUAAUGUUCCUUUAUCUAGCAUGAAGUGAAUAUAUUAUUAUUAUCAUGUUGUAAUUUGUGUGGUAAUGUUCCUUUAACUAGCGUGAAGAGUACAUAUUAUUAUUAUCAUGUUGUAAUUUGAAUGGUAAUGUUUCUUUAACUAGCAUGAAGUGUACAUAUUAUUAUUAUUAUGUUGUAAUUUGAAUGGUAAUGUUCUUUAACUAGCGUGAAGUGUACAUAUUAUUAUUAUCAUGUUGUAAUUUGAAUGGUAAUGUUCCUUUAACUAGCGUGAAGUGUACACAUUAUUAUUAUCAUGUUGUAAUUUGAAUGGUAAUGUUCUUUAACUAGCGUGAGUGUACAUAUUAUUACUAUCAUGUUGUAAUUUGAAUGGUAAUGUUUCUUUAACUAGCGUGAAGUGUACACAUUAUUAUUAUCAUGUUGUAAUUUGAAUGGUAAUGUUCUUUAACUAGCGUGAAGUGUACAUAUUAUUAUUAUCAUGUUGUAAUUUGAAUGGUAAUGUUCUUUAACUAGCGUGAAGUGUACAUAUUAUUAUUAUCAUGUUGUAAUUUGAAUGGUAAUGUUUCUUUAACUAGCGUGAAGUGUACACAUUAUUAUUAUCAUGUUGUAAUUUGAAUGGUAAUGUUCCUUUAUCUAGCGUGAAGUGUACAUAUUAUUAUUUUUGUAUUAUUAUUAUUAUUAAAUUCAUGUCAUAAAAUUAAACUAAGAUGAAAAUGUUUUAUGUCACAUUAUUGCGUGUAUGGUUUCUGAAAGUUAUUGUUAAUUAAUUGCUUUUCGUUUCCAUUAAAAUCGAUUUUGAAAUUGAAUUCUUAGUCUUCUUGAUUUCCAUAAAAUUGACGAAUGCACAUACAUCCGAGCACCUAGUACUAUAGUCGGGUAUCUUUCUACACUUCCAUGGAUCAAAGCAACGAAGUUUUAAUGACAUCUGCAUUUAAUGUCACUUUAAAUGUUUUAAAAGUUCUAAAUGCCACAUAAUUAAUGCCACUUUGGGUGUUGAAAAGUUGUAACUGGCUCAUUAAAUAAUGUCACUUUGAAGGCUUUAAGGUUUUAAGUGCAUCUUUGUGUUAUGUCACUUUGAAUGUUGUUAGGUUCAAAAGGAAGAUAUUUGCAAUGUCACUCAAAAAGGUUUAAAUGCCUCUUUGUUUAAUGUCACUUUGAAUGUUGUUAGGUUCAAAAGGAAGAUUUUUGCAAUGUCACUCAAAAAGGUUUAAAUGCCUCUUUGUUUAAUGUCACUUUGAAUGUUGUUAGGUUCAAAAGGAAGAUUUUUGCAAUGUCACUCAAAAAGGUUUAAAUGCCUCUUUGUUUAAUGUCACUUUGAAUGUAUUCGGUUUUACUGCUCACGCUUUGCUUUUGAUAUUUAUUAAACGUGUGAACACAA